CGUUCCCGAACCAAGAUACAAAAAGUCGAUAAUCGAGCAAGAUUUUCCCGGGAGCCACUGCUUUAAACUGGUCCUGUCAUCCACAGAUCUUCGGCGAACAAGGCCGUUGGGACUGGGGGAGUUCCGUUUGGCACAAGAACCAACGCCUGGCCCUGGCUGUCUGUUUACCACCUGACAACUGCAUACUAUCCAUAUCCAUAUCCAUAUCCAUAUCCAUAUCCAUAUCCAUCCAGCUGCUGCUGCUCAUCACAUCGCUUCAACAUGGCUAGUGGGAAUCCGCAAAAUGUCAUCCGCAGGAAGCUCGUCAUUAUUGGAGAUGGUGCCUGCGGCAAGACAAGUCUGCUCAGCGUCUUCACACUCGGUUAUUUCCCUACACAUUAUAUUCCCACUGUCUUCGAAAACUACGUAACCGACUGCAGAGUAGAUGGCAAGUCCGUGCAGCUUGCUCUGUGGGAUACGGCCGGUCAAGAAGAUUACGAGCGCUUACGACCCCUUGCCUACUCCAAGGCGCACGUCAUCCUAAUAGGCUUUUCCGUCGAUACACCCGAUUCUCUUGACAAUGUUAAGCACAAGUGGAUCGAGGAAGCUACUCGUCUUUGCGAGGGUGUACCCAUCAUUCUCGUUGGUCUGAAAAAGGAUUUGCGCGACGACCCUGUCGCCAUCGAGGAGAUGCGCAAAAAGUCGCUGCGAUUCGUUACUGCACACGACGGCGAGGUUGUCGCUCGAGAGAUUGGAGCCAAGAGAUAUCUCGAAUGCUCUAGUUUGAGCGGAGAGGGUGUCGAUGAUGUGUUUGAGGCUGCCACCCGAGCCGCCCUCCUCACAUUCGAGAAGGGAGAAAGUACCGGCUGCUGCGUUGUUCUGUAAGACUUUGGUCUGGUCGAGCGAAAGUCGACAUGAAAUACUUGGCCAAAGGAAAGCGGCCAGAAACGCACCGUUACGAGCCUACAUCUUGACGAAUGAGGUCAUGACAUGAUGCUUGCGCCUUCAAAGCCAGUUGCUGCUUGACGAAGUACAGUUCAGCCCCCCAUCUCUACUGAGAAGAGCAUAAGCGCAAUGUUUUUCUCGCCAUCACACGACUUCGAAACCAAUGUUUUUCUUCCUUCCGCGGAAGCUCAUCGGAUGUUCUUUGAUAUUGCAGCUGAUUUCAUCACAUCAAGUAUUGCAUAAAAGCAUACAACCAUUAUGAGAACAUAAUCUCGACCAGGGAGAGUCGAGGUGCCAGCAAUCUUUUCACCGUUGUUUUGGUUUACCUUGUUGGAAAGCUCUAUUUACUUUUUACUCUUGUUUUUUUGAAUGUUCCUUUUUUUGUCGCAAAUGUUUGGCAAGCGUAUUCUGUCGCAGCGGAGAAAAAACGCUUCAAAGCGAAGCGGUUUCAACCUCUGUACUAAUAUGGUGGAUGGCAUAGAUCAAUAACUGGUAUAUUGUGGUUUUUUUGUCCCCUCUUUGUGGUAUAUGGGUCUUUUUUUUGGACGGAAAAGGGUGAAUGAUGGAGAGGACGAUUUUUAUACUCUGCUGUUUGGCAAUAAGAAUGUCGAGUCUCCCAAUUAUGUGCUCUUUAUAUCGCUUGUGACUUAUUGUUUUCAUUAUGCGCACUUUUCUUGAAUUGAGUUUAAACCACGGAAUCGAUUUUGAACAGUUCAUGGGUGGUAUUAU